AUGCAUGUACGUGUUAGCGGGGCUGCUUCUGGAGAAGUCGACGUGGAGCGUGAAAAGCUUUCGCUGCCACGUCUGAACACACGUAGCCUGAAGCUGUCAGACUCGAACUUUCAUUUUCUUCUUCCGGCCGUCCAUCACAUAAGCUCGCGAGUGUCCGAGUGGCGACGCUUUUGUAAGUUCUUGAGCGGCCCCGAUAUGGAGAACAUCCAGUCUAUGUGGAACGAGGUCACGUCGUUCUUCUCGCCGGCAGACACGCUGCCUUGGACGGACGAGAAAACCAUCCAGGCAUGUGAGAGGGACAUGCUCGAUCCAGGGCAGCAGGCAGCAGCGAGGGACAACCUGAUGAAGCUGGCGUGGGCGCUGGUACACUCGAGGAGAGAGGCGGACGUGGUGCGCGGGAUUGCCAUGCUGGAUGAGCAGCAGAGGGGGGACACCAACGCCAAGGACAGGCACGAGGUGCUCUACCUCAAGGCAGUGGGGUGCUACCGGGCAGGGGAUCUGCAGCAAGCCAGGCAACUGGUGGAGGAGGCGCUGAAGCUGUCACCGUCAUCCCACCAAGGUGCCUGCCUCAAGAAGUGCAUAGAGAGCAAGAUAGCCUCAGGUACGAGCAGCCUCAGAACCAAUCUCUCGCUUCCUUCCAGCUUAUCGUCAGUCCAGUCACAGAAAACUCUGGAUGUUUAUACCAUCGUCUGA